UAUUCCAUAUUCAUGAAGAAAAGCGAAAGGAUAUGCAUUAUCACUGCAUUACAAAAAAAAAUGAAUUAAAAUAAAUAUGGAAACGAAAGCUUGUUGUCACUGAUGCUCGUUUUGAAGUGAUCUUUUAUUGGAUUGUUAAGAUAUUCAUAAGGAAUCCGAAACAAAAUAUCAAUUGUAUGAGCCUUUUCUAGUUGUGACAAGUUGACGAAAAUCGUAUAUUUUUGUGCAAUUAUGACAAAAAAAACUGAUGAUUUUUAUGUACACAAUUUGUUAGUAAAUUUUAAAAAAGUAAACUGAAGAAGUGGAGAAUAAAACAAGACGAAACGCAGUAGCUAGGAGAAUUAUGAAUAUCAAGGAUCUAUACUUUUGUGUGUUAAUUAUUUCCGUUUUAUGUAAUUUCGUUUUUGCUUCUGAGAAGGUAAAUGGAACUACAUUGCUACGGAAAGAUGGAUACUUAGAGACUUCGAUGGAAAAGAAACUCAUACGAACGUUAUUGGAUGAAUAUGAGGCCCGCGGGAAAAUGGGUCGCCCAAUAGUUGAGCAGAAUGAUACUCUAACUGUCUACUACGGUCUCAGCUUAAUUCAAAUUCUUGACCUGGACGAACGCAAUCAAGUUCUGGCUACGAAUGUAUGGGCCUCAUACGGAUGGAAAGAUAUAUAUAUGAGCUGGGACCCAGAGCUGUACGCAAAUAUUACAAAAGUAAGAGUUCCUUCAAACAGAGUCUGGACGCCAGAUAUUAAAUUAUAUAACUAUGCAGAUAUCAGAUUGGAAGAAAAACGCGAAACUUUAGUGGUUGUUCAGCAUGACGGUAGCAUUCAGUGGAUUCCACAAGCUAUUUAUAAAAGUUCUUGUUCAAUAAAUAUUCAAUAUUUUCCUUUUGAUGUACAAACAUGCAAGAUGAAAUUCGGAUCUUGGACUUAUGACGGGAGCAAAAUAAUGCUUGAACUUUUAUACGAAAAUGCGGAGGGUUUUGAUUUUACCGAAUAUAUUCCAAACAACGAAUGGAUGGUUGCAACUUCCUCGGCGAAGAAAAAUGUGUUACGAUAUGCUUGUUGUCCAGGAGAACCAUUUGUAGAUAUCACGUUUUAUUUAAAGAUUCGACGCCAACCUGCCUUUUACAACUAUAUUUUGAUAUUGCCUUGUAUACUGUUAUCGUCAUUGACUCUUGUUUUAUUCUGGUUGCCACCGGAAUCUCCAGCUAAAAUGCAACUAGGUAUGAAUAUAUUUGUGGCAUUCUUUGUACUGCUGUUGCUUUUAGCUGAGUCUACGCCCCCAUCAGCUUCUUCUAUACCCCUCAUAGGGGCGUAUUACUGCUUGAACAUGAUUUUGAUCACAUUGUCGGCCUUCCUGUCGGUAAUUGUGGUUAAUUUAUACUUCCAUGGAGCCAAAAGAGAAGUCCCUUUCGUUGUCAAAAAGAUUGUGAUCGAUGGUUUAGCAAGACUGUUUUGUAUGCGCGGAGAGUUUGUAAAAUUAGAAAACGCUAGUAGAGAAAUUGGUAGCAGAAGAUAUAAUGUUGUUCCUGCGCAGUGUAAUAAAGAAAUCGGUUCUCACAUGAACGAUAAUCAUGUACCUUACACUGAUAUUGCUGACGAGGAAAUAAUGAUACGAACACUGUCAGACGGCCAGUCUGAAAAACCUGAAACAUUAUGGCUGACAAGUUUGGCACAUGACAUUCGUGAUAUUAGAUCACAGUGUGAAUAUCUAGUGGAUAAACAAACUAAGCAAGACAAACUGGAGAAAACAAUAAAAGAAUGGCGACUAGUCGCAGUUGUCCUCGACAGACUAUUCUUCGUCAUAUAUCUUAUCAUAAUGGUUGUAUCCAUAUCAACAGUGUUUGAUUUUGUGCUCUUUGGGAAAGACGGGAACAGUAGUUCAUAAAGCCAACUGAGGGAAUGUACUGAAUCAUACUUUCAAAAAGCCUUAAAUGAACAAUUGAAUUUUUAUGCCAGAUAGAAAGUGCUUACUACUCAAUUCUUAAUUUUCUUAAUGAAGAAUACAACCACUGUUCUUAUAAGCUUGACAAAAGCUCAUUUAACUCAUUAUGUAAAUAAAACAUGAAAACCUUGUAAAUGAGUUAGAAAGGAACUGUACAAAAGGUUGCUUGACAAUGUUAUAAUAAGAAAACGGUACCUUUUGACUCUAGCUCGUUUACUAGACAGUAGCCAGACAUACCAUUUGUUUCCGUUGCUUAAUAAGACGAGUGACAAGGCUUUUGCAAUCUUCUUCUUGGUCCGUUUCCAACUAUUGUUGUAAGCGUAUAUUGUAAGUCGAUACAAGACAAUUAUGCAUAGCCCUGUAUGAAGAUUAGUUUUAGACAGUUUCUGAUUAAAAGCGAUUUCCUUUAUUUUAAAUUCCAGCAGCACACACAAUUCUGUAGUACUGCUCAGAACAUAGGAAUUUUCUUAAACGAGAAAACUGCUUCACUUGAUUUUUCAAUCAUCAUAAAUUGAUUGGUGUGGUUUUGUUUGCACAUUUAUACUUUUUUUAAAACCUAAACUGUAUAAAAAGCAGCAACAUCUUACAUUAAACGCUUACCAAGCUUCGUACAAAUACUUGCGAACUUAGAUUUCAUGUGUGUGUAUGUAGCUGUAAUAUUAGUUUGUAAAACGAGCUAAAUGACAAAAAGCGUAUCAAUUUGUUUUCAGAACCAUCGGUACUAAGCCUUUUAAAAACUGAACAAAAAAAAUUAUAUGAUCAAUAGGCAUAACGCUACAUAAAUGAAUUGCUAUUGUGUGUGGAAGAUUUUUUCCAUUUUGUAGAUCUUUAGCAAAUGUAUGGUGAAUAUACAUACUGAUACCAUUUUCAUUAUGACAUAAAACACGUCCACCGCUAUUGCAGUUCGUACUCAGAUUCGUUUCAUCUAAAACACACUUUAAAAGAGUUUGAUUGUUCGUAACGGAUAAAGAACAUCCCAUAUACUAGAACUACGUAGUCAACGUUGAUAAAAUCGCGUUGGCUUGUUGAUACGGUGAUUUUUAUCAUUCAGCCAUUCUGUAAAUAUUUUUAUUGUCUGUCGUACAUUUGGGUUGAUUAAAAGUAAUGUCAUUGCGUCCGUGGCGUUAUUCCUUGCGAUGUAUCGUUGUGAAAGUUAUGUCAGUAUGGUGUUUGUUUAAUCCUGAUAGCACUAAUACACUCUAUUGAGUAUCGUCAUUUCGUUUUAGAUACGUACAUAUGCAAAGAUUACCACCUACGCCAUGUCGCCGCAUGUUAAAUUAAUGCUAGUUUCAUAAACAGAUAUGCGAAGAAACAAAGACGUUCAGUAUCAUUAGAAUAACGCGCAAAGUUUAUAAACUGUCUGUAGUGCGUUUUAAUCAACCUGGCCGGGCGGAGUUUCGCGAUGGUCCACUGCAUUAUUGUGCAGGGUAUGUAGUAUAUUCGGCAACCAGAUGUCUUAUUCAGUGGUCAUCUACCUUACAACGUUGAAUUUUAGUCGUUAGUUACGGAAAUAAACAGUUAAGUUGUUCUACCUAUUUCGCUCGUUUUUUGGGGGAUAACCAUAAAUUGCAUAAGUCAGAGAUUAACUCUGUCCCGCCAAAUCGAAUUAAAUACACAAUAGCACGAGCUUAAUGUUAACGCUUUAUGUAACACAAAAGAAACGUGCGGAUAAUGCUACAAGAAGUUCAAAUAUACCUCUUGUAUUAUAUUAAGGUUUGCACUUUAAAAUAUCACACUUUACCUGAUCCUUAAUUUCAUAGGCAUUAAAUGUCUUCCCAACUCUUGUCAUUAUUUUACACAUUGUUAUGCUUAUUUUGAAUAUAUCAGGUACGCUUAUUUUAAAAGCUUUGCAAGCGACAAUUUGUCCUUCAAAGCCAAUUUUUAUCUCAUAGAUAAAUAGGCAGAUGCCAUAAUUUAGACGAUAUUCAAGAACAAAAACAUGUCAUGUUAUUAAUGACUGCAUAUUUGAAAGAUAUUUUGAGUUACUCGAAUAUAGAAAUGUAAAUAUAACAUUAAUUAAUUACGUGUUAACCAAUUGCAUUUAUGAUGUAAAUUCGCAUCUGUACAGAUAGGAAAAGUGAUGUUUUUAGCUCUAAAAAUAAAUGUUAUAGUCGUCUAGAAAGGUCUGUAUCCAUACCCUGACAAAACAUACAGGUUAGUGAUGAUGUAUUUGUACAUACUGUCACUGACACGAAUGCAAAUAGAAUUGUCACAAUAAUUAUCUAAAAAAAUAACAUAUUUUUGUAAAUAACCUUUUGAUAUUAUGUUAAUGAUAGCAAUAAUUUGUGGACAGCUGCUGUAUACAAUACGAUAUAAAAGGAAGAUAUAUCAAUAAAGUGUUCACGGAAAA